UAAAUUAAGACCGAAAAUCUAUUUAUUUGGAUGCAUUUUUUACGUUAUUGACUUUGUGGCUGUGGUAACUGGAGGAAACCGGUAUCUUUCAAAAACAAAGAUUUUUUAUGUCAUUCGAGAUAAUAAAUGCUCACUUUAAGGCACAUAGUGACUGCGGCCUGGUUUCGAGAGAAUAAUUAAUUCAUAUAGUUUGGGACUAUGAUAUAGUUUGCAUCGGCACAAUUGGGCAGUCAAAUAUUAUGAAGAUAGAGGUGGCGUAUUUAAGCUAAAGCUUGGCAGUGAAACGACUUUUUUAUAAAAAUGGCGCCGACCAACGCAACCUGUCCCAUAGUAUAGUAAACUCACAUGUAACGUGGUUUAUUUGUUGCUACAUUUAUCGAGCAGACUUUUCCCCAAACAGCAAUGUUUGUCGCUCGAAGUAUUGCAGCGGACCACAAGGAUCUUAUUCAUGAUGUUUCAUAUGAUUUCCAUGGCCGGAGAAUGGCAACUUGCUCUAGUGACCAAAGUGUCAAGGUGUGGGACAAGAGUGACAACGGAGAGUGGAACUGCACAGCCAGUUGGAAGACCCAUAGUGGAUCAGUAUGGAGGGUGACCUGGGCCCAUCCAGAGUUUGGUCAGGUGCUGGCCUCCUGCUCCUUCGACAGGACCGCUGCUGUGUGGGAGGAGAUCGUUGGGGAGUCCAAUGACAAACAGAGAGGACUCAGUCACUGGAUCAAGAGGACGACUCUGGUGGACAGCAGGACGUCGGUGACGGACGUGAAGUUUGCUCCUAAACACAUGGGUCUGAUGCUGACCACGUGCUCGGCGGACGGGGUUGUGAGGAUCUACGAGGCUCCGGAUGUGAUGAACCUCAGCCAGUGGUCCCUGCAGCACGAGAUCUCCUGUAAACUCCGCUGCUCCUGUAUCUCCUGGAGCCCCUCCAGCUCCCGUGCCCACGCCCCCAUGAUAGCAGUGGGCUCUGAUGACAGCAACUCAUCAUACAGCGGGAAAGUUCACAUCUAUGAAUACAUUGAAAACACAAGGAAGUAUGCUAAGGCAGAACAUCUGAUGACGGUUACCGAUCCAGUCCAUGACAUUGCCUUUGCUCCCAACUUGGGACGCUCUUUUCACGUGCUCGCCAUCGCCACCAAAGACCUACGCAUCUUCAAGCUGAUACCAAUGAGGAGAGAGGUCACAGCAUCCUGCUGGUCUCUGUGUUUCUACAGGAGAGAGGUCACAGCAUCCUGCUGUUCUCUGUAUUUCUACAGGAGAGAGGUCACAGCAUCCUGCUGGUCUCUGUGUUUCUACAGGAGAGAGGUCACAGCAUCCUGCUGUUCUCUGUAUUUCUACAGGAGAGAGGUCACAGCAUCCUGCUGGUCUCUGUGUUUCUACAGGAGAGAGGUCACAGCAUCCUGCUGGUCUCUGUGUUUCUACAGGAGAGAGGUCACAGCAUCCUGCUGGUCUCUGUGUUUCUACAGGAGAGAGGUCACAGCAUCCUGCUGGUCUCUGUGUUUCUACAGGAGAGAGGUCACAGCAUCCUGCUGGUCUCUGUGUUUCUACAGGAGAGAGGUCACAGCAUCCUGCUGGUCUCUGUGUUUCUACAGGAGAGAGGUCACAGCAUCCUGCUGGUCUCUGUGUUUCUACAGGAGAGAGGUCACAGCAUCCUGCUGGUCUCUGUGUUUCUACAGGAGAGAGGUCACAGCAUCCUGCUGGUCUCUGUUUCUACAGGAGAGAGGUCACAGCAUCCUGCUGGUCUCUGUAUUUCUACAGGAGAGAGGUCACAGCAUCCUGCUGGUCUCUGUGUUUCUACAGGAGAGAGGUCACAGCAUCCUGCUGGUCUCUGUAUUUCUACAGGAGAGAGGUCACAGCAUCCUGCUGGUCUCUGUGUUUCUACAGGAGAGAGGUCACAGCAUCCUGCUGGUCUCUGUGUUUCUACAGGAGAGAGGUCACAGCAUCCUGCUGGUCUCUGUAUUUCUACAGGAGAGAGGUCACAGCAUCCUGCUGGUCUCUGUGUUUCUACAGGAGAGAGGUCACAGCAUCCUGCUGGUCUCUGUGUUUCUACAGGAGAGAGGUCACAGCAUCCUGCUGGUCUCUGUAUUUCUACAGGAGAGAGGUCACAGCAUCCUGCUGGUCUCUGUGUUUCUACAGGAGAGAGGUCACAGCAUCCUGCUGGUCUCUGUGUUUCUACAGGAGAGAGGUCACAGCAUCCUGCUGGUCUCUGUAUUUCUACAGGAGAGAGGUCACAGCAUCCUGCUGGUCUCUGUAUUUCUACAGGAGAGAGGUCACAGCAUCCUGCUGGUCUCUGUGUUUCUACAGGAGAGAGGUCACAGCAUCCUGCUGGUCUCUGUGUUUCUACAGGAGAGAGGUCACAGCAUCCUGCUGGUCUCUGUGUUUCUACAGGAGAGAGGUCACAGCAUCCUGCUGGUCUCUGUGUUUCUACAGGAGAGAGGUCACAGCAUCCUGCUGGUCUCUGUGUUUCUACAGGAGAGAGGUCACAGCGGGGUCGUCUGGUCCCACUAAGCUGGAGGAUCUGAUCUUGGCCCAGUUUUACCCUAUCCUCUAACCCUAUCCUGCUUGUCCCACUAAGCUGCAGGUUCAGAUCUUGGCCCAGUUUUACCCUAUCCUCUAACCCUAUCCUGCUGGUCCCACUAAGCUGCAGGUUCAGAUCCUGGCCCAGUUUUACCCUAUCCUCUAACCCUAUCCUGCUUGUCCCACUAAGCUGCAGGUUCAGAUCUUGGCCCAGUUUUACCCUAUCCUCUAACCCUAUCCUGCUGGUCCCACUAAGCUGCAGGUUCAGAUCCUGGCCCAGUUUUACCCUAUCCUCUAACCCUAUCCUGCUUGUCCCACUAAGCUGCAGGUUCAGAUCCUGGCCCAGUUUUACCCUAUCCUGCUGGUCUCUG